CAAAUACCAAGAAGCAUGCUCUGACGCCGAUAGUGAAAUUAUCGUUAUUGGAGUUUACUUUUCUAACGUGGAAACAUGGCAUUACACACGUACUUCUGGAAAGGGUUUGAUUUAAGACCUUCAGUGUUUCCUACCUAACUGUUCACGUGACAACAUCCAUAGAACGCAGUCAUGAGGCCGGCGGUCUACGCCAGCGUCAUGCGGAACCGGAAGCCCGCCCGGCGGCGGCCCCCACGAGUACCCCACGAGUUCACAUGGCAACGGUUCUUUCUGUUUCUAUUGGUCGGGGUAGUGUUGUUUAUUCCUGGACUUAUAGUGACAAUUAUAGGAAUAUAUAGUAAAACGGAUGAAAAUGUGUCCGAGGACAAAAUGUUGUACAAAGUACUCGGGCCAGCUAGUCUCGCUAUUGGCUGUGCCUCUAUAGUCGGUGCAGGGGUGUACUACUGUUGUUGGGGAGUCCAAAGCCCGGUCAGAUCUAAACAUUCUAGGAAACACAAAAAGACAGCAGACUCAUCAGACCAACACGACCCUUUAAAGGCCUCCUCAGUUCAUGCAAUUUCAAACGAUCGAAAGAAAAUCUCCUCGCCUUAUUCAAGCGUCCAUGAUGGGAGACCUAACAGCACUCCUGGGACGCCGGAUCAGAGGACGUCAAGUCGUCAUGGUUACGGUAACAAUAGGCACCGGACGCCGUCAAGAACGUCGUUAGAUUCUCAGCGGAGCCACCACCACAGUUCCCGUCAUAGGAGCAGUUCUCACAGCCAUUGUAACAGUCACUCUCACAGCCCCCACAGCCCACAUCCCCACCCAACUGCGCCUCCUCCACCUACAUACAAGGACAAUCAAGUGGCCUUUGUUAACACUACAGCUCCUCUGGCACCGGGAGAAACUGGGUCGGUAGAUAUUUCUAUUGACAUUGAGACAGAGGUGCCAGAAGAGAAGAGAUAUUGACGAUACCGUUUCCAUGUCAACAAGCUUUGCUCAACCGACCGCGUAGGACAGAUUUGGUAUAUAUAAUGCGGUGUGGUAUAUGUCCAAGAACGCUCUUCAACCAAAGCGACUUUGGACGGUUUCAUGCCUAAACAGGAUAAUAUGAAAUUGUUCGACAGAAUAGAAUGAAUUUACAUUUGAAAGAAAUUCUGUGAUAUACGGCAUGUAAACGGAUGUACAUUUGCCAAAAUCAAAUAGUGAAAGAUUGACUUCAUUUAGUGCAUACGGAAUCAGUACUUUAUUAAAACCUGGCAUUGGUUGUUAUGUGUGUCAAUGUAGGUCAACUGGAUGUUGUUGAAGGACAAACACUGUACGUGGCAAACAGACCUAUUCUUGUUGAGUUACGUUGAUCUGUCUCUGUGUUAGUGAUCUCCCUUGUCCCUCCGAUACCAUAUACAUGGGUCCAUCAAUACUUUAUAUACGGAUACAAACAUACUGUAAACUAGUUUGUAGAGAAUGGCAGUGACGUUAACAUUUAUAUUGUCUUCUGUACGUUGAUUGUGCAGUUAUCGUUAAUCCAGUUACAUUCUGUGUAAUCCAGACCUGCCAGACUAUUGGCGUUUAAACAAUUAUAACCUCGCUGGACGUCGUAGUUUGGCUUGUAUUAUAUUAUUAUUUUUUUUAAAAGAACGUUCUAUUUGCGAAACGCACUCGUCAGUCAGUUAGAUAAAGCAAGAACGCAAAUAUCAUUGAGAUGCGUCUCGACGGCGGCCUCGGACCGUCUAUUCCAAUCCGAUGAAGAGGUUCGUUUAUCAGCCGCUCAUGCUAUUGCGACGUGAUUAAGGCGACGAUUUAUGAAUUACAUGUGUGAUAUGUGUAGAUGUGUAUGAGGCCGUCAGUAGUAAGUUCCACGUUAAACGCACAAUAAUACGUCAAAUUGCUGACAGGGGUAGUCAGUAGCUUUGAUGUGUGAGUUUGAUUGACAGGCUAUGAAUGGUGCACCGGAUUCGACAAAUCACUUGAUGGAUUUAUGCGGAGCAAAUGUCACGAUCAUUCAAUGCUUUAAAACCCUUUACUUCUACAUUGAUUUGCAAACAGUAACAUAUAACAUACUAACAUAUUCUCAUUUGAAAGGAUGGUUAUUUUAAUUGAAUCAAACGACUAUCUCUAUGAUAUAGUUGUAAUGAUGUGUGUGUGUGCAUGUGUUCGUUUGUGCAUGUUGCGUUUGUUUGUUUUUCGUGCCGCACGUACGUUCGUGCGUGUGUUUGUUCUAUCAGAAUGAUUGACGUAUCUAAAGUUGAGUGGUGCUUGACUGAACAACAGUCGAAUUAUGAUUAUAUCGUAAUAAACCGUUCUAAGGCCCUUACGAUGUCUUCUUUUGGAGCGCUUUCCGUCAGUCAAUCAGAGGCCGACUUAUAAUAGCGUUGUUUUCGCGAUGAAGUUAAAUUUAGCCGACAUUUCUCUUGGAUUCUUAAACUGUUUCCGAUAUUUAAUAUUGUAAACUUAUCAUCUGCAUGAUAGCUAUGUCGAUAGAGCGGAGGAGUGAAAAUAGAUUAAAUAAAUCUAGGUUGUAAAAGCAACGUCGCUCUUUUUCAGUCAAUUUUGCUUUUAAAUUUAAUCAUUAAAAUACUUUUGGAUGUUAAAUCGAGUAUUAUUUAUAACAUGUGUAACGCCUAUUUUCCAUUUUGUGAAAGGAAUGUACUCCAUAUUAACGCAGACUGUCAAUUGUACAUAACUUGUUAACAGCUGAAAGAUCCUUACCAAUUUUUGAAAUCCAUAUGAUUUACAACGUAGAUUUCAGCAGCUCGGAAAAAGGUCUUACUUAGGUAAGACCGCGCACUUAAGUCAGACUGGGCUUGAUAAGGGUCAUUGGUUAAACACCUUAAUGAUAUAUUGUGGUUGGUGCGAAAUAAUAUCUGCAAAGUACUCCAUAACACGCGAACUGUAUUUAAAUUGACUUUAAAAUGUAAGUUUUCUUACAUUUUGUAUUUCGAAACUCUAAUAUAAAAUGUUUAUAGUGUAUUUUUAAUGUUAGUAGUAUAAUCUUUCUGUGAGAUGGAACUAUGACUCUUUGUUAUGAAAUCAUAUCAACUAUUGUUUUAUUUAUACCGGUAAAAUAUUGUUGGAAUUAUUGUUUAUUAUUUGGUGGUUAUGCUGACAAAUAGCAAUGACCCUGUCUGUUUCUUCU